AUGACCAUUGACCUGGGAAACCCACCAAGGCUACACGAGGACCACAAUACCCGUUUUGGGAAGCUCCUGAGUGAAAUGAAGAAGGGCCACGGCAGCGCUGGCGCAGAGGCGUAUGACGCGGGUGCCCCUGGCGGUGACAGCCAGGGGGAUGAUCUCUUAUGGUCCUCCGUCAAGCAACAGAUACGCCUCAUGAUCAUCGAGUACCUCGACCAUGCUUCCGCAGUGGCACUGAAGAACGCCAACAAAUACCUCUGUUCCGUUGUCACCGUUGAGAACCCAAACACCUGGAGUUAA